CAAGGCAAUGAACUUGGAUUUGUAACUAAAGAGUACCACAAACUUUUUUGAGUAUACCGAAGCCACAGAGAGAAAAUAAUAAUAUUUUGACACGUGUGUUUCAUGAUAUCUAUUCCUAUUCCCGUCACAACUCGUUUAGAUGCUAUUGAAAUACAUAUUGGAAUUCUGUGUUUUCCAAUUACUAAUGGAACUUUGAGAGUUAAGAACUGCAAAUAUCUGUUUUGUUUGGAAUAAUGACGAACAUCCACAAGCUAUGGGAGUACCGGGAGUUGGUAAACGUGAACGGAAUGAUGCUCACCGCCGAACUUAUCUCACGACUGCAGAACUCGCUCACGCAGCUGCAGGUGGAAAACCACUUUUCUAGCAUGCAGUACUGGGGUCAAAUCUACGCCAUCGAUUCUGACUAUCACAUCGCAGUGGGUAUUUACAACGAUGCCGUUCACGACAGGAAGUAUUUCUACACACAUGAUUUCAUGUUCUGGGGACUGCUGCCCAAAGCCAAAAAGAAAUAUAAGCAACUUUCCCUGAUUACCACUUACCCCUUCCGCGGCGACCCGUCGUUGAAAAUAAAGGUACUGGACGAGGAACUAGAGGAUGGGAACCCGGAUAAAUGCAAAGAGAUGAAGGAAGAAAAUCGUUUGGCAGCAACAAUUGGUAACAUUAGCGAAGAAGCUGAGAUAUGCGCCCGAGGCCAGCUAAUCAAACAACCGGACGGUACCAUUGUUAUAAAUCCAAAUUAUUACGGUUUGGACUCCUUGGAGGCGAAACAACAAAAGAAUUACUACCAUAUUCGCAUUGCGCAACAUCGCUGGAAUACAAAUCUUCUCACACGUCAGGAUUAUAGCUACAGCAUGGACUUCCUAGACUCCAUUGAUCAGGACAUCCCAAGUGGUUGCUGGAAUCUAAGCAUGGAACAAAACGGAGCUAUAGCUUAUUUGAAAAGCUUGUAUUGGCCAGGCAUGUCUUACUUUCACAAAGUACGAUCUCCUGAUGCAGGGUUCCUCUAUGUAGGAAACGGACGCAAGAAUUUAGAUGUACCAUUUCUUCUAUAAUUUACUUAAUUAUGGAUUUUUUAAUCUAUUUCUAUUCAAUAAAUAGUUGUUUUCAUUAAUUCAUACCUAGGAGUUUACAACUUCGUAAUGUCUUAUACACUUGAAGACGUCAGAGUGAAAGUAAUUGAACAACAUUCUUAAACAGCAAUAUUAACCUGACACUCGAAUACAACAGUAGGUACACACA